AACUUUUCAACAUUCAUUCAUUCCCGCGCACACUGUUUAUGUUUCUGUUCCUUCCUUCUCUCUCUGCGAUUCCGUUCAGUUAUUCCUGCCUCCGUCGGAGCUUCUCGAAGAACAGUAGGUACUGAAAGCAAGUUUGGAUGAUUUUUGUUUCAUGAAUUUUCUGGAAGGGUGAACUAUCAUGACAACAGGUAGAUCACUAGACAGGAAAGUUGUGAAGGCUUCUGGAAAGUGCAAUGCAAAGACAGGAUUCAUUGGAGUGAGAAAUUCUCCCAAAAGAACAAAUAAAUUGGAUCAAAAAGCAAGAGGAUGCGGUCAGGAGUUGACUGAUAAAGAGAAUCAGUAUUUUCCAUUUAAGGAACCUAUGAGAAAGUGCCCAGAACUUCCCAACAAGUGUACUUUUCUUACAGAAAAGAGAGAGGCUAUUGAACUUCAUCCUGGACAAAUGCUCACUUCCGCAAAAAUCAAGUUACAACUUUUUCCAAUUAAUGAAGGAACUCGGAUAGGACUUGAAAAGGAUGGGCAUAAUCCUUAUUUAGAACUCACACUUAGAGGUCGAAAGAAAAUAUGUUCAAUACUAAAACACCUUGGAAAGAAGUGGGGAAGUUCAAGUAUAGCCAAAGGGGAGCUUAUACUUUUUCCAUAUAAUAUAAUGGAAAAUCUAUCUGGCUGCAGAAGGUGGACAAUUAAUGAUAGUGACACAACAGCCUCUGCUGUUUAUACUGCUGUUGGAAGCCCUGCACUCUUCCGGUUGAAGUAUGGCUGGUUCUACAUGCUUGAACCCGGGUCUUUUGGUAUACCUUCCACUCCAACUCCCUAUAAGCCUGUUGUAGCUGGAAGCGGCAAUGCUAAUUUAGAGGAGACUUUAUGUGGUGAGCGGGACAAGGUUAGGAUAAGCAAAGAAUACAAAGCAACUGAAGUGGGCAAUGCAGCAAGUGAAACUGUGUCUCAGAAAGUAGAAAACGCAACUGUUGAUCCUAUGGAUAAUGAGCCAAGAAUAAGUAGUAGCCUUCAACAGCCAUCAUCUGCAUGGAUUGAUAGUCUAAGCAAUAUAAGCAUUGGGGGCCUCCUGUCUGAAGCGUCAUUAUUUGGCGGGCUUGAUCCAAAAUCAUUUGCUGGCAUACAGCCAUGUGAUAUAACUUCUGAUUCAUUGGAUGCUUUUAUUGCUGCUGCUCAAAUUAAUAAUCGCCCAGUUCCAAGACUGCCUGCUGAUGACUUGCGCACAUCUAUUUUAGAUGCUGAAGAAACAUGCCAUGCAUUUCCUCUUCGAAAGUUAUCUUCCCCAACAGAUGUGCAGGCAGCUUGUGGCAAUGAUUAUUCUGCAGUGCGCAGUCAGGAUGUUUCUUCAAACUUAUUAAAGUUUUCAAAUGCAGACAAGGUCAAUGAUCAAGAUGGAGCUUCACAAAAUCCUCCAUCCGGGAAGACUCAGACAGACUUGUUACUUUCUUCACGCCCAUAUGAUGAUGAUAGAAGUCUUGGGUUAACAGGCAUCAAUUGGAAUGAUUCUAUGGGACCUUUUGAUCUUGGCAUGCCGGCUCAGAAGCUUAAUGGUGGAGACAAUCUUAGUAUUGGUGGAUUUGUUAAAUAACAGCUCUUAGAUGCAUAAUUUGUUGACCGAAUGACUCCAUUUCGAAGAUUCGUUCUUAGGAAAAAGAAGAAAAAGAAAAUUGUACAUAAUAGAAAUACUUGCCGAAGAUACGAGCCUGACAGAAUACUGAUUACUUAGCUGUGUCAGGUUUAAACUUUAAACCAUAGCCUGUGAGGGGACUAAUAUUUAGCUGUUUUGCAUUGUCUUUGCUUUGGUCCUAUAAUAGUUUGUCAACAAUGUACCUAUUUGGUUCGGCUUAAAUGUAAUUAUAAUGAUCAUGCUAUACUUUUGAACCUUUCAUCUUACUCUGGAAUAGACUAUCUUAUUUGGUGCGAAUGGGAAGACAUCUAAGUGAAAGAAAAUGAUUGCUAUUCAA